UGGGCCAAACACGGGUAGCUAGCCAUAGCUAGUUAGUGAAUCACUAGUAUCGCAGAGAAAGUCGUGCUCCGUCCACACACCAAUGACAGAGACUCCAAAUUUACAGUUAUGCGCCUGGAUGUUGAUUGAUAAUCGGCUGGUUACUUCUCCUAUCACUACCUUCACCAACGCAUCGUGAAGAUAUUUCUGUCUGAAAAAGCGCUGUAACUUAGCUAACUGUCGGCAAUGGAUCUUGAAAGACAGAAAAGAAGAGAGGAGAUUCAGAAAGCCAUGAGCUUCAUACAGUCCUCAUUACCGUUCCCAGAGCCAGAGAGUUACGAGGCAUUUCUGACACAGCUGGUGUGUAAUCUGCUGGAUGAGGGCAAUUGUUGCUUUCGUGAUGGAGACUGGCGGCAGGCGACCCAGCAGUAUGGCGAGGGAAUCAGUGUUGCCCGUUAUGCACAGGCUGAGGCCCUUGUCAUUCCCCAUGAGCUGCUGGAGAGCCUCUAUGUCAACAGGGCUGCAGCCUUCUACCAGAUGAGGGAGUAUGAGCGUGGUGUUCAGGACUGUGACAGUGCACUGUGCGUAUCAGAAGGAAGUCGCAGGGCUUUGUACCGCAAAGCGCUCUGCUUGCGGGAGAUGGGACAACUCAGAGAGGCUUACGAGUGUGGAACAAAGUGUCUCCUCACAGCACCUCACGACAGGCAGGUGACUGACCUGGCCCAGGAUCUGGCUAAUAAACUAGGUCUGAAGGGUCGUAAAGCAUAUGUCAGUCCUCAGACGGAGUCCACAGCAACAGAUGGGGAGAGUCAUGGGGAAGCUUCCCCACCGACAGGAGAGAUGUCUUCUAAUGGGCUAGAAUCUCUAGGAGACAUAGGACCAGCUGAUCUGUCUAGUGCACAGUGCAUCCCAGCACCUUUAGCCACACCCAUCCCAGUCAGCGAUGACCCUGCAACCCCUGUAGUAACGCCCUGCACUGACCUGUCAGACAGUCCCAGCAACCAAGGCCUUCCUCCUAUGCCGUACUCCGUCCCAGUGUCAGAGCACACGGAUGAAUGCAGCAACAGUGUCAUCAAGGACAAGCUAGACAGUCUGCUGGACUGCAUCCCCAAGAAAGUCAGUGAGAGUCCUGUCCAAGGUGCUAUCCCCACCAAUCUUCCCAACACAGCAGUGGGUCUAAGGCCUCCUUAUUCACCCAGCCUUCCAACUCCAUCACCACAGCUUCCCUCUGCUUUCUUCAGUUCCUCCAUCAAUGAGAUACCCCCUCUGGAGCCGUACUUGCCACUGGUACAGCGGGACCAGGGCUCCACCCAGGCGCAGGACGCACUGGGCAGCUUCUCUACUGGUACUACAGAUGGAGAAGGGAAGGCAGGAAUCAUCACUGGAGGUCUAGAUUCUUUGUCUGAGUACACUCUCCCUGGGGGACGAGUGUGUCACAGCUUUAUCCCUGGAAUGCGGAACCACAGUGCUGCCCAUGCAAAUGGUCCGGCAGGAACCAACCUCUCUCUCCUCUCCAGAAAUCCUCUGGCUGCCACUCAUGAGUUUCGACAAGCCUGUCAUGCCUGUUACAGCCGAAUAGGCCCACGAGUGAUGGACUACAAAUACCAGCCAGAGGCAGCACACCGCUGCAAGAGGGAUGUGCUACUGUGCCGCCUCAAAAACACAGAUGACCCCACCUGGAAGAGGAUCCGGCCCCGGCCUGCACGGAACAACUUUCUUGGAGCAUUUGUGCUCUGUAAAGAGGUGCAGGAGCGUCAGGAGUGUCAGUAUGGGGAGAACUGCACGUUUGCCUACUGCCAGGAGGAGAUUGAUGUAUGGACCCAAGAGAGGAAAGGUGCACUGAGCCGAGAACUCCUGUUUGAUCCCCUGGGCAGCACAGAGCGACGUGCACUCAGUGUCACCAGGCUGCUGCAGCUCCACAUGGGCAUGUUCAUGUUCCUCUGUGAGGAAUGUUUUGACAGUAAACCCCGCAUUAUCAGCAAACGCAGCAAAGAAAAUUUAGCUGUCUGCUCAAACCUUACAGCUCGACACCCCUUUGAUGAUAACAAGUGCCUGGUGCACGUGGUGAGGUCAGCCAAUGUGCGCUACAGUAAGGUGCGCCCUUUGCACCCACUCUGCCAGUUUGAUGUUUGCCGUCAUGAAGUUCGCUAUGGCUGCCAGCGUGAGGACAGUUGUUCCUUUGCACACUCUGUCAUAGAGCUGAAAUGCUGGGUACUGCAGCAGGACACUGGUAUCACUCAUGAAGAGAUGGUGCAAGAAUCUAAGAGACAUUGGCAAAGGCUUGAACAGAAUGCCCAAAAACAGCAAAAGCCCCUCCAUAUCCCUCAUCUGAGCAGCAGCUUACCCACAGGAGGAGUUGGGGGAAUGGGUGGCAGUGGUGGAGGAGUAGCAGAUGGUCUUGGUGGGGGUGGUGUGAGCCCCUUGGGUGGUGUGGGUGUGGGAGGACUAGGAGCAGGAAGGGGCCGUCCCCUCAACUUGAAAAUGAAGUUUGUGUGUGGCCAGUGUUGGAGAGAAGGCCAGGUCAACGAGCCUGACAAGAACCUCAAGUAUUGCACUGCCAAAGCAAGACACAGCUGGACAAAGGAGCGUCGUGUCCUUCUGGUGAAAUCCUUUGAAAAAAAGAAGUGGGUGGUUGUUCGGCCUCUGCCAUUCUCACGCACCUAUCCACAGCAAUAUGAUAUGUGUGUCCAUGUGAUGAAACAGAAGAAGUGCCAUUAUAUUGGUAACUGCUCAUUUGCUCACAGUCUGGAGGAGAGGGAUGUGUGGACGUACAUGAAGAACAACAGCUUAAGAGACAUGCAACAGAUGUAUGAACUGUGGCUGCAGCUCACCAAUCAGGGUAGACGUACAGAUAGCUCUGCUGUGACUCCGCCCCCAGAAGACAAACAAGUCACCAUAACAGCAGACUACACAGAAAGCAUGGGAGGCAGACGGUUGUCAGAUGGCGACGACCUCUGAGUGUUGACGUGACCAGAGGCAGCUGAUAGCUGCUGAGCUGCAAACAAAGAGAAGGACACGGACCUGUCACACCAGCUACAGCCCAGUUUUGUCAAGCUGCAGAGUCGGGCCUCCUCUAGCAUUGAGCCAGCAGUGUGAGAGACAGAUGGACACACAACAGAACUGUUGACCCACCUUCAUUCACACAUACAAACACAUCUACUCAACACAUUAACACUCAAACCACAGGCACCAGUUCAGACAAAGGAAGCCUUCUUUCUUAUUCUACAGGACAUGGCUAUAACUUUCAGUAAAAUAUUACACUGCAGUGACACUCAGCACCUUUAGGAUCCCCUCUUGGAGUGAAAACCUCAACAAAUAAUUUGUGCCCUUUGGACUGAACGUGUGUCCAGCAGAGACCUUUUUUUUUUUUUUUUUUUAAUGUUUGCAGCAUUGAAACAUAUCUUAGGUGGGUGCGCUGGUCGCAGUUCUUGUUUAUUCUUGGCAGUAAUUCGAAACUCAGCUGAAGCACAGCACUCUUAAACUAAAAGUAGAUGUUUUAACUCUGGGGUGCUAAAAAAAAAAAAGCCAAGCCCUCAGUGUUGCAGAUG